AGGAAACACCGACAACUACAACAACUUAAAGAAUAGAACAAAAAAUAUAUUCUAAAAACAGAUAAUAGCUACAGAAACUGCAGUCGUGUCACAAGUAAACGCGAUAAAAAUUAUCAAAAAAAUAAGCAAACUUUUUUAAAAAGAAUCACAAAAUACAAUAUGGCUGAUGAACAACAACCUACUUUAUUGGCUGGACAUCCACCGGCAGUUAAGGCUGGUGGCAUGCGUAUUGUACAACAUAAAACACCCAAUGCGGAACGUCCUGCCAAAGAUGCCGAAGAUUGUACUGGUUUAACUCAACCUGUUAAUGUAAAUGCUAUGUCGGUGAGUGGAGCUCCUGUCAAGGGUAAUUCAGAUUAUAGUCCUGAGGCAGCCCAGGUGGCCCAUAAUCCAAAACCACCAGCACAUGUUGCUACAAAGCCCCAUAUUAACAUUCAACAACCUCGCAAAUGAACUAUCAGUACUUAAGAUGGUCGUCGUUCUAUAGAAGUCCUACGUUAAACAACAAUUAUCGUUGAAUUCUAGAAGUUAAACUUCUUUACUUUUUUUUGCGUAUUUAUUUGUUUUGGAAACAAUUAAUUUCUAUGAGUAAUAUACACAUUCCCUUUUUUAUAUUUCUUAUCUUUGUUUUUUUGUGUAAUUCUGCUUUGUUUUCUCCGUUUAAUUAAGUCUUAAAAAGAAUAGCAUUUUUGAAUUAAAAAUAAAUGUAUUUUAUGUUUCUGCUUAGAAUUUUUUAAAAAUAAUAUAAAAACGUUUUUAAAAACUAUUUUUCACAUCGUAA